UCGGACUCGGAAAAGGGCAGCGGGCUAAAAUUGACCGCGUUUUAUAUGCAACAUUAAUAUUUGCUGUGUGUUUCGCAUUAAUAUAGAUUUUUUUGUUCAGUACACCGAGUAGCAGAUGUUCCGGUACUCAGUAUUUCGAUGCAUGUAAGUAACGUGCCCGUUGCGAGAACCCGUUUGGAUAAUGCCUUGAACGUAGCCUUACAGAGUCGCUAGCCGACCAGAACAACCGGCGAGUGAUCGUGUAAACGCCGUCGUCUGCGUUUCGUUGGCAGUUUCCAGAUGCUGAGGAGGUUAAACAAGAGGUGUGGAUAGUGACAAUAACGUAACUAGUCGGCUUGCUGCAUAUUAGUGGCUCAGCUUGUCGUUAGUUCUGGCGCGCUAUUAGCGAGAAUGCCAACGUUCGUUGACGCCCAGUUAGCGUAGCUAGCAUAGCAUAGCUUGCGUUAACGUUAUGCUACGUGACCAAACGACAGCUGCCAGGGGAGCUGCUGCUUCUGCUACCCAAGAGUGGACCAGUCAACCUACCAACCCAGUAGCUAGCCUGCGAGUCUUAACUAAAUCGAGGCAUCCUUAACUUCUUUUUGUACGUUUUUUUAUUUAUUAUUAUUGCUGACGUACCCAAGUAUGGGGAUGUGCCUACCGUGCCUUGGUGGAGCAGCAGACGACGUGGUUGUGACUCCAGAUCCAGAGGCCAGGAGACAACAGUUAGCGGAGGCAGCUGAGAAGCGACAGAAAGCGACAACAUACAGGGGUGUUAAAAAUCCAGAGGCAGUUGAAAGGAAAAGGAAAAAACAGGAGGAGAUGGAGAAACAGGCAAUGACCACCUCCGUCUCUGGUGGCGGUGGCGGCGGCGGCGGCGGCUUGAAGUGGCAAGUUGGCUGAAGAUCCCGGCACUUAAAUCCCCAAAGUCCUCUAUCUGAAGUUAAAGACAACAAGAAGGAUUGCUGCAAAAUGACUUGAAGGACGUUUGAACUGCUGUUAAGUUUUAAUUUUUUCUUCUUUUUUUCUUUUUUGCCACAUUAAUUUUUCAAGCAAACACCUACUGUAAGAAUUGUCUCGUGCUGACUAUAAUGCAUUAAAUAUAGACAAAACCACAUGUUUACCAUUUGAUUGGUUGCUGCCAACUUGGCCAUUUUGGACCUUUAGACCAAUCAUGGGUGAUGCAGUAAUGAGUACUAUAAACACUUGUGAUGGGAAAUGUGCUUGCUUACAUAUUAAAGUAAAUCAUUAUGGUUGAUGCUAUCUGCUAUCCCAAUAUCAAGACAAAAUUGUCCUCACCGCUAAGACUUGUAUGCCACAGUGGUAUUUGUAAAUUUUAGAGAUGGGAAGAUGGAUAUUUUUAUUUAGUGUAUACAUAUAUCUUAUUUAAAUGCAGUAUUGAAUGUUCGUUAUAAGAUAUUUAAAUAACACAUCACACAAGUUAAUUUAUUUACUAAUGCAUUUCAAAGCUUAUGUUAGAGUUUGCAUAAAGGCACCCAGUUUACACCCUUUUAAUUUUUUUUAGUGUUUGGACUGUGAAUGAGAAAAAUAACUUGUUUUGAUUUUUGUACCAUCGAUUUGUAUCGACAGAACAGUAAUGCCUGUUUAAAGGUGCAGUAAGUAGAAAGUAGAGCAGAGCAUAUUGUAACUGCUGCAGCUUCUCAUCUGGAAGCAGCAGGCACACAACUGAGUUGUGGCCAUGUGCAUACAAACUAGCUGUUGAGCUGAAAGGGCAGCAGCAAAACAUCAUUUAAAUAUGCACACUCUCUCUCAUGCAAAUAAGCUUGCCAGCAGUUAUUUUCACUGCUUAGUUUGGAAACUGAACAUAGCAUAAAGGUUAUUUUGUCUACCUACUGUCCACCACCAUUCCUGUAUAUUCUAACUACGCUAUGAACAGCUGUCCCCGUAACUACACUGUCUAUAUGUGCUGAGCGACUGACAACUAAGGCAUAUUUUGCAACACAGCCAAACCUUGUUAUGUAUAUGGUGGUGCAUAUGGUAAAGUUUGACCCUUCACCAUAUGCAUAGGGUUGACUAAGAGGUGGGAUGGGUUCCAGCAAGAGGGGAGACAGCAAAAACUGCUAUAGAGGGGAGGACAAUAAACAUAACAGGGAAAUUAAUACAUUAUAAAUUCAUCCGCCACAUCUCAAGAUCUACUGAGAGGAUUUCAGGCCUGAUGAGGAUCUUAUAUUGUCUACAUAUUUAACCCAAAGAUAACUUGAGAUGUUGUGUUCAUCAAAUGCCUUAUGAUGAGUGGGAGCUUUGUCAGACGUGUGUAUUGCACAUAUUAUUAGUGUUGAUUUAGAGUUUACAGGAUUUUGAUUGUGCUGUUGGAGACAUAUGAUGGGACAUACCUAGAACAUUAACACCAUACUGUGGAAACGCUAAGUAGAUGAAGGCAAGAAUAUGUGAACUAGGAGUAUACCCACAAUAGUAAUGCGUUUACUUUGACUUGCCUUGCAUAAUUGAGUGAUUUUUUUCAAUACUGUCACUUUGGUCCUUAAAUGCUUCAGGUGCUCUUGCCAUUCUGUGGUACAGGGAAUCUAGCCAAUGUUAUUUGCUACAAUAAAUGACAUUUAUAGUA